CGCAGAAGAUGGACUUUCUUGUAUUCUAUUAACUCCAUUUUUUAAUCACAAGAAUAAAAUUUGAUGUAUAUGCACAAUUUUGUAAAAGUUUUUUACCUGUUCUAUCUGGUCUAAGUAGUGAAGAUCAACUGUUCAGUGUGACUAAUGUUAAAACAAAAUGAUUUAUUUCCAAGUUAUUCAAAUUUUUGUAUUAAUCUGGAUGUUUUCUUACGUUUGUUUUGUUACCGGCACAUCUAGUUGGUUGUAAUUUUCACUGGAAGCAGUCUGUCUACCGGAAGAUCCAAGCCCUUGGCCUAGCACCAAUGUACACGAGGGAUGAGGAGAAGAGGCUUCUUCUACAACAGCUAAUGGCAUUACCAUUCCUGCCAGUAGAAGUGGUCCCCGAGUUCCGACGACUUCGGCUUCAGAGCGACAGUCCCAUGCAAAACAAGUUUUUAGAAAUAUUUGAACUUAUGAUACACAAUUAUAUUAAUAAUAUUGACAAUAAUUCAUUUUCUUUUUUAUCUUUCCAGCUCUUUGAUUACCUAGAGUCGACAAGGAUGACGAACCCAACCUGGCCAGUGCGAGUCUGGUCAAUGUUUGGAAAGGCCAUCAAGACCAACAACGACGCUGAAGGUUACAACCGAAGACUCAACAGAAGAGCGGGAGGGAAGAGUACGGGUGUGUAUCAGUUGUUGUCAUUGCUCUUCAAGGAGUCACAGCUCAUGCCUAACAGUGCGCAUGGUGGAUAG